UCAAAAGAAAAAAAAUCCUCCUUCAGUCUCCCCCACUGCCUCGCCGUCGCGGAUCCAUCCCACAGCCGGGAUCUCCGUCCGCCGUAUUUCCUCCGAGCUUCUUUCUCGGAGCCCGGUCGUGCCACCCCCACACCGACUGGAGAUUCAUCUCGAGCGCCGGCGCAGUAGGGAGGCCACGCGCAUCGGCGGCGACCAGAGAGGAGGAGGAGGAAGGCGGCGGGGUUCUCGCGCGCGCGUCGGCACUCGGCGGAGCAGGAGAAGGGCGCCGGCUGCCUCAGGCUGUAACCUCUGGUCUGGAGCCAUUGUCUUGCCUAAAUGCUCUGCUGCUCCUCGCCGCAGCCGCUACACGGCGUCCUGUGGGCCGAGGCCGCCUCCUCUGCCGCCCUCCGCCAGUACUAUGCCCUCCCCAAGAAGGGCAAGCCGCAGGGGCGCGAGUCCACCGUCCUCGCCGCCUUCCUGCUCUCCUCCCCGCAGAGCCCACUCAACCCAACCGUCCUCUCCCUGGCCACUGGCACCAAGUGCCUUGGUGCAGCUCGUCUCAGACCUCACGGUGACCUCGUCCAUGACGCCCACGCCGAGGUCAUUGCCCGCCGUGCGCUCCUCCGCCUCAUUUAUGCCGAGAUUGGCACGGACAACCCACCAAGUUGGCUGGUUGCCUCUGGCGCUGAUGGGCGGUGGAGGCUGAAGGACGGGCAUCAGCUGCAUCUCUACAUCACGCAGCUCCCCUGUGGGGUCAUGCCGGUGCCGCCGUCACCCUUGGAGGUUCGAAGGGAACAGCUGGAUACCAUGGUGAAUGGAUGCAGUGAUGUUUGUUUCGUUCAAAGGAAGCCAGGGCGUGGUGAUACAACAUUGUCAGUGAGCUGUUUUGACAAAAUUACUCGCUGGUGUGUCGUUGGGAUUCAAGGUGCAUUGCUGUCACACAUUCUCGAACCCUUGUAUUUGUCCACCAUUACCAUUGGACAAUCACCUGGUGGUGCACCUGACGGGUUUUGUAUUGAAAGUAACGUUGUAAAAGUUCUUGGUGCUCGUCUGUCUUGUCUAUCCAGAAAAUUCCCUGACCCUUUCAAACCGAACAAGCCACUAUUUUUUGAGGCACCUAUCCCCCCUCAAGAGUUUCAACAGACUUCAGGAGAUAUACCGCCUUUGACUUGCGGGUACUCAAUAUGCUGGAAUAAAUCCGGCUUGCAUGAAGUUGUUUUAGGAACAACUGGGAGAAAACAAGGCACAUCUUCAAAGGCAGCAUCCUCACCGUCCACCGAGUCAUUGCUCUGCAAGAUAAGAUUGGCAGAGACCUUCAUAUCACUUGAGCAUCCAUUAGUCACAAAGUUCUGUCACGAGGAACUGUCUUAUCAUGCAAUUAAGGAUAUGGCUUGUGAGUACCAACAGAUGCUUGAGCUUCUUAGGAAGGCUCCAUUUUUUGCCCGGUGGCGUGCUAAGCGAACAUCGGUUGAUUCAUUUACACUUCCACGGUCAUAAUCAGAUCUCGAAGUUCCAUGCUGCGUCCCAGAGGCUGUUUCUUGAAGUUCCUUGAUUUCACCAUAAUUCUAGCAGUUUCGCGUAGCAGCUGUUUCAACUUAGUUAUAGCAUGUAUGCUUCUGCACAACACUGAAGUCUUUUGAACUGUUGUAGCCUGUAACAAACCUAUAAAGCCCUGUGAUGUUUGGCACCAUGAGGUGUUUAUAUGGA